AUGAGGGCAAGCUGCAGCCAGUCACCGAAGAACUGCAGAGGCUGUUCCGAGACUGUUUCCGCAGGAAGAGAUCGGCGAAGAGACUUCCUGGAUUCAUUUGGGCCCUGCCACUGGGUGGCCUCGUGGAUUUGUUGGGACUUUGUGGUGACCCCCGAGAUCUUGUGCCACACCAUGCAAGAAGCCAGCAAAAGGGAGAUGGGACGCCAUCAGCUGGGCCUGGGAUGGCUCUUGGCACGCAGCUUCAACUUGGGCAAGGGAGGAACAGCACGUGCUCAAAUGCAGCUGGAUGCAUUGUGGCGCUUGGUCAUGGAAGACCUGGAUAGGGCGGAGCCGGCGGCCAGCGAAUUUCGAAGGUGGCGGAGGUUCUGCUAUGUCCUCGGGAUGUUGCUCCUGAUGAUCACUUUGCCGAUCUCCUUGCCAGUCUCCAUUGUUCACACCAGCUCAUGGGUCAACCAGAAGCUCGUACACCUCAUGCUGCUGAUCUUCUGGGCAUGUCACGUGACGGGUGAUACGCGAGAGGUCCUGGCACCCACCUGGGAGAAGAUCGCUGAAGACUUGAAAGGUACUCCUUCUCUGGCCGCCGUAGCCGGGCGUGCUCAGACGAUUUUCAAUCCUGGGAUCUUGUGUGCGAGUCUGACUCUGCCAACAGUGGACGUCACCACGCAAAUGACCCCUCGCGGUCUCUACACUGCCCCAGGCUAUGAAACCUUAGUCGAAUGGGCGCGCGAAGGCCGUCGCCGUGGUUACUCGACGAUUUGCAUUCGCAAUCAGCUGACGGGGAAGGAGGUGGACGUGACCUUCACGGAGCAACCACUGGGCUUCAAAUUGGUGAAGACCCAGGUUCCCCUGACCGUCUCAGGGAUCUUGGACGCUUGGAGGGCGGUGAACGGCAUGGAUUUGGCCAACAAUGUCGACGACGCCUUGGAUCAGGACGCAGCGGACGCGUUAUCCGGACUGGUGGGAUGGGUGGAAGCUUCAUGUGAGUGGAAGCUGGUGGUGCCAACCAAUGCAGAGGCCGGAGUGGGAGCCUUGUUUGCUGCGAGUUUGGGGGGUCACCACAUGUACAGCUACAAGGAACAGGAGCCAGAUGCCUACCCCUUUGACAAGUCCGAGGGCCAAGUUUUGGUGCGGGGCACCAUGGGAGGCAUGCUGCAGCUCCACCGCCUCAUCUUGUUGAAGCGACGCUGGUUGGAUCAGCGGAACUCCGGUGAAGACCCGGAGAUCGAGGACCGAGCGCCUCAGGAGAUUUCAGUCCGGAAGCCGAAGACGGCGCCGCGCUGGUGUCGACUGGAGGAAGCUGAGGCCCAGGUGCUCCGUUCGCCGGCAUCGGUGCACGCCAGAGGAGAGCAACGCGACGCGGAGGGCGAAACUUCGCUGAACUUGCAGCAGCGGGGGGAUGAACCAGACGACCAGAGCGGAGACUGCAGAGACCACAGUCAUGCGGCGGAGGCGACUUCAGACGCUGAUGUGGAAGAGGCUUCAGAGGCGGACGAGGACGAAGAGGUCUUUGACGCUGAGUCCACCGCUCUGGACCGGAGGUUGAGUGGUGCUGAGCUUCGACUCUUUCGGGAGGAGAGAGGCAUCACGGUGGAAUCUCUCAGAGGAGGCGAUCCUUCUGCGAAAGAGACCCCUCCGGUGCUGGGCUUCGACGCGCUGCACCGCUGCGGCGUCGACGCCGCGCUGGCGUGCCGCGCGCGCGGCUGCGCCGGCGGCCGAGGCGCCACUACGGCGGUUCAGGCUGAGUGCUGGGGCCAACUCUUACGACUACGAUUUGGAGGUGCUGAAUGCCUCCCACCACCGGAGAGCGCCACCGCACUCCUGGCGGCGGCGCCGGCCGCGGCGGCGCAGCUAGCUGCAGCGGAGAGGCAGCCGCUGCCGGAGGAGGACUUGGAGGAUCCGCCCUUGCCCUUCGACAGUGCCUGCAGCCGCUGCGAGGUGCGGGAAGACCGUGAUUUGGUGGCGAUUGCCCCGACGGGCUCGGGGAAGACGUUGGCAUAUUUGCUGCCUUUGCUUGCGGACGGUUUGUGCAAAGCGCUUUGCCCUCCGGCCGUUGGCCUUGACGCCAUCUUCAGACGCUUCCAGGGCCUCUAUCCCAGGUCCUUCGAAGCUGGCCGUGGCAGCAACGACACCAUCAUGGAGCGCCUCUCCAAAGCCUUCGCCGCGCGAAAGACCGCUGAAGUGACCAAGGUCAUUAAACAAGUGGCCAAGAAAGCGGCCGAAGGUGACAAAGACAAGGCAUUGAGGGAAAAGUGGUCGAAGUUGCUGGAAGACUUAGACGCAGAAGGCCGGCUGCGGCCAUCCGGGCUCGUGCUUGCUCCAAGCCGCGAGUUGGCGCAGCAAGUGGGGCAGGUGGCAAGGGACUUGGGCUGCGCAGCAAAAGUGAUUCUGGGCGGCGUGGACCAUGAGAGGCAGCGGGAGCAGCUCAAGAACGAGCGGCCCUCAUUGCUGGUCGCCACGCCCGGCCGGCUCCGUGCGCUGUGUGGUCAACUCUCGGCUUCCGCCGCCGCGCGGGCCCAAAGUGAAGGCCGGCAGGAGAAGCACCCACAGGCUCUACUGUCCUUGGGCGUGGUGCUACGCCUGGUGCUGGACGAGGGGGAUCGACUCAUCGAUGAAGGCUUCGAAGAGGACAUCAUGGCAUUGGCCUCUUGCUGCUAUCGGCGACGCCUCACGCUGCUCUUCUCCGCCACCUGGGGCGCUCAGACGGAGUUGCUGUCCGUUCUGCUUCAAGAUGCCUUGAAGAUCACCGUCGCUGGGAUUCCUCCAGUGAUCUCCCAAGAGGUCGAGCUGAUUGCGAAGGCCUCCCGCUUUCGGCGUUUGAAAGAUCUUCUCCGGGAGUUUGGUGAUGCCAAGGUGGCCAACGGAGCGGUCUUCCGUUCGCCGAGAGGUCGAGAGGUCUUGGUCUUUGUCCUAUUCAAACGAGAGGCGAAGUCCUUGGCCAAGAUGCUGCAGAACGAAGGCAUCCAAUCCUGGCCACUCGAGGGGAACAUGUCCCAGGCCUCUCGCAGCUUUGCGAUGCAGGCUUUCCGGGAGGCGAAGACCAGUGCAGUUCUACCAACCGCCGGACCUGCAGUGCUGGUGGCCACUGAUGUGGCGGCCAGAGGUUUGGACGUGCCGGACAUCUCUCAUGUGGUGAACUACUCGGUGGGUUUGUCGAUCGACGGCUACGUGCACCGAAUCGGCCGCUGUGGCCGCGCGGGGCGUCACGGCACGGCGGUGACCUUUGUCACCGAUGGCGAUGAGAAGUAUGCCGAGCCACUGCUGAAAGUGCUGCAGGAGGCCCGACAGAGCAUCCCGCCAGGCUUGGCUGAAAUGGCCAAGGACGCCCGAGGCUCCCGGAAGCCGAAGCACAAGGCGCCAUGA